GCGGCCUAGUUAAUGCUUUAGAUUCCGUCCUCGUCAGGAUGCCCAGAUCUCCAGUCUGUACCCGCCGUUUAACGGGCGCCGUUCGAUGGCGCAGAGAUGCGUGUUGUUUAAUGGUUUCGCGCAAAAUAAUGGAUUGGUCAUCAGAGUAAGCGAAUGAUAUAAGAUAUAUUCGCGGGAGGAUGUAAGUGAAUAAUGGCUGUGCAGGGGAGGCAAGACCACCUGCAAAAAUUUUCAGGAAUUUCCUGAGAUUGUAGUGCAUUAUUUUGCGGGUUUAAGUAUGCAUUUAAUGCUCGAGAGUUGAGUUCUCUCAGGUCUCAGGAUCGAACCCCGGGCGAAGGACAGGACUCUUGCCGAGAUUGCAGAAUGGCUCAGGUGAGAUCGAACAGGGCCAGCAUUGGCAAGCCUUCGCCUCAGCAGGCGAUCCAUGAGUUGAAACAGCGAACAAUCGUUGCAAUAAACAAGUUGUCAGAUCGAGAUACGUACCAAAUAGCGGCUCAGGAGCUCCAUGGUGUCGCACAGUCGUUGAGCCCUGACGCUUUGUCCCCUUUCCUCACAUGCCUCUGUGACACUGAUUCCCGUCAAAAGAGCAUCGUCAGAAAAGAAUGCGUUAAGCUCUUUGCCACAUUAGCCGACGCCCAUGGCGACAUUUUGACGUCCCAUUUGUCCAAAAUGGUGGCCAACAUUGUGCGUCGGUUGAAGGAUCCCGACUCCAAUGUCCGUGACGCUUGUGUAGACUCAAUCGGCGUCAUGGCGUCGAAAAUUACGACGCCUUCAAUUGCUGUUUUCAUUCGCCCUUUGUUCGAAUGCCUCGGCGAGCAGAACCGUUAUUUGCAGGUGGGUUCUGCAAUGUGCCUUGCUCGCGUUAUUGACCACGCUGCGGAUCCUCAGCCUGCGGGGUUACAGAGGCUUUUGCCCAGGAUUGUGAAGCUUUUGAAUAAUAAGAUUUUUUUGGGGAAGCCUGCGUUGCUUUGUGUGAUUGGGAGCAUAGUCGAGGCAGGGGGGGCGUCAAAUCAGCAUACAUUGAGUAUGUUGAUCCCUGCCAUGGAUGACGCCUUGCGGAGCUCUGAUUGGGCUACAAGAAAAGCUGCGGCUGAGGCUUUUUCUCGCAUGGCUCUCAACAUUGCAGAUUUGGUCACACCAUUCAAAUCUUCGUGCCUUGCAUCAUUGGAAUCCAGUCGUUUUGAUAAGGUGAAACCAGUUCGAGACAUGGUCAAUCAGGCUUUACAAAGCUGGAAAAGCAUUCCAGAUUCCGAUGAGUCUUUACCAUCCCAUGAAAGAGAACCUUCUGCUAAAGAAAAUAUGUAUGAAGAUCAUUUUUCCAUUGCUUUUAAGCCUUCCAAUUCUUUCAAGCCCGAUUGUGGCUCUGUAAAGAAAAGUAGCAUUGCUGUGAGCAGAUCUCCUCCAGAUACUGUUUCUGUUAGUAGUAUACGGAAAAGAUCUCCUCUGACUGACAAAAAGACAAAUCCAGCCUUAUUGCAUAAACAGGGUCAGAAAAAUGUAGAUAGCUGGCAGGUUGAGGUAGCUGUUCCUCAAAGUCGGCCUGUUGAAGAUCAUGACAAAAGUUACAGUAAAAGUUUGUUUGCUAAACUGAAAGAGAGGAGAGAUUCAAAUGUAGAUCAUGGAACAAGAUUUAAAGAUUCAGAGAUAGUGGAAAAAUUGGACACUCCCAGACGCUCAGAUUGUGACACCAAAUGUGUUGUGAUCGACCGACCUUUUGAUUUAAAGCCUGCUGUUGAGACAGUUCCUAAUGAGAAGCAGAACACAAGCAAUGCGGGCAGAAAUAGUUUUAAAAUCCAGUGCAAUGGCCAUGAUUUAAAUGAAUUGGCUAUGAUUAGGAAACAACUGGUUCAGAUUGAAAAUCAGCAAUCCAGCUUGUUGGAACUUAUGAAGAUGUUUAUGGGAAGCUCACAAGAGGGUUUGCAUUCACUAGAAAAAAGAGUACAUGGUUUAGAAAGGACUGUAGAUGAAAUGGCUCAGGAUCUUGCUGUAUCAACUGGUAGGCUCUCUACUGUUGAGGAUGGAAGGGCUACUUGUUGUAAGUUCCCCGGCUCUGUGCUUUUAAGCUCCAAAUUUUGGAGGAAAAAUGAAGGCAGAUACUCACCUGCACAACUUGCCACAUCUGACGGCUCAUCAAUGAGUAGAUCUGGAAGAGGUGCACCAUACAGAGCUGAAAUGGGGACAGAUAUAUGGGAUAGGAAGUUGAAAGGAUUGCGGGGUGGUUUUAUGGUGAAUCCCUUGGCAGAUGUCCGGGGGACAUUAAAGAGGGAGACCACUGAGUUUGUUUCAAAUGACACUCAAAGGUCUAUAUUGGAAAAUUUGGAAGGAAAUCAAAUGUUUACCAAAGCGCGGGACAGAAACAGGUCUAAUGAGGGUCCCUCUGUAAGCAGCGCAUUGCAAGUAUCAGAGGAUGAAGCUAUUGCUUUCUCUGGUAUGCGGGUUGUAGGCAAGGAUGCUAAAACAGAGGUGUGUGAUUCUGUGAAAGAAAAUUCAAGGCCAACAGCUAUAGGCAGGACCACUGACUUCAAUAGCAAGUUAGGUCAGGGCAGUGGCAGUUUUUGGAGUGUUUGGUCACGGUCUGUAGAAUUUCUAUGGAAAGGAGAUGUGGAGUCAGCAUUUGGCGAGGUCCUUUGCAUUGGGGAUGAUCUUUUGUUGAUUAGGCUAAUGAAUCGGACUGGUCCUGUGCUGGAACAUUUAUCUCAAGGGACCAUUUUGGAAAUGAUGCAAGCUCUUAAGCAGUUUUUGUUGAAGCAGAAAUUCUUGGGUUCAGUAAUCCCCUGGAUUCAACAGGUUGUGGACUUGACCGCAAGCAAUGGUUCAGAUUAUCUGGGCCUCUCACUUGAUGCAAAGAAAGAAAUGUUACAAGCCUUACAAGAGGCUUCAUCAAAGCAUUUUUCGGAUUCUUCAAAUAGAAACACCAUUGCUCAGAGUGCAUCCAAGUUGUCUACUCUUUGGAUGGUGGACUCAUUGAAAUGCAGGUAAUCAGUAUAGUAGAAAAUAUUUUCUCUUGUCGGCAGUGCUCUUUCUUCUGAUGGAGGUCGAUAACAUCAUGAGUCGAGAGCUUCUGUAGGUUACCUUACCAAGGCAUGCAAAUGUUCUAUUUCGAAUUGAAUACUCUCUUCCACCAAAAAGUAUGUUGUUCCUUUGUAAUAGACACCAGUCUGCUAUUUCAUGUCGAUUUUGAGAUUUGAUAAGCAUACUAGCAGCCUAGUCAAAUUUUCUGUCAGAUUAUAAGAUGGAGAACUAAGCUCGAGACUACUUAUUAGAUCAAAAAUGUGGACGGGUUCCACUAUUGAGUUGUAAAUAAUUCUUCAUUAGUAAGCACAUUGUUGAGAAUGGGCGUUGCCACGCUCUAAAGCUUGCAGGGACACAUUGAAUACCAUAUAUUCAAAGAUGUAAAUGUCUCCCGACGGAGAAAAAUCUAUUGGAUAGCAAUUAAGAAAAGCAGAAUAAGCAGUUUUAAAAUACUUUAUAUUUGAGCUGAUAAUGUCAAAGCACAAGCUUAAAAAAAUAUGAACUGCUCAACGUUCUGUAAACUUGCAAGAAUUUCAUUGAUCGGCUAUAUAUUAUACUAACCGUAAUCUGUUUUUAAGUUAAGCCGCCAAUGAUAUUGAUUAAUAACAUAUCAUCACUUCUUUUUA